AGCUUAAACAGAAUUAUUAUCCUUACUCUUUUAAAUACGAUCGCCGCACGUCAACAACAGAAGUAAGGUAGACAAGAAAAGCGAAAAAGAAAGAUGACGGAACAGGUCACCAAUGAGAACCUUCAGAUUCUCCUCACCAAGCUAAUGACGGACCGCUUCUGCUCCCAAGAAACGAGUGACCUGGACGCGUGCAUUCAGAACUACGUCCCGCAGAACAUCGAUAGUAGUUACGUGGAUCAGAGCCUGCAGCGCAAGGGCAUUAAGCGUUGCAAGCCCUACCAGGAGGUGACGCGCAAGUGUUUAGAGGAUGACAAGAAGCAGACGGCCAUUUUCCGCGCAGCGGCGAUGGCGCCGACAUGCAAGCGGGAGCAGCGUGCGUUGCAGCGCUGUCAGGGGAAGAAGGGCCGCGACUGCGAGGCGGAGGCGUUAGAGACGGUGUAUUGCGGUAUGGUGUACUUGGUUCAGCGGCAGAAGGAGCGCCAAGGCGCAUCGUCGCGCGCGGUGGAAUAA